AUGAGUAGCGGUGACUUCCAAGCUACGGCAACGCAGUUGCUACAUCGACAGUCAAGCUCACAGCAGCAUCUUCGCCAGUACACGUUCGCCGCAACUAUUGCAGAUCGAUUCUUCUCGGAUAACUCGCUGGAUCGGCAAAAGCGCGUCGUAGAAUGCGCCAGGAGGAGGCAAGCUCGCGCUCGCGAUAAAGCCUUGCAACAGGCCUAUCGUGUAGAGCAAUUAGAGAAUGAGCUCGCCGAAGCAGAGCGAGUUCGAGUACUGAAGGAAGAGCGGGAAGCUUCCCGGAUGGAACGAAAGUUGCAGCACGUUACUGCAGCCUACAUCCAGUACAUUUGGAGGCGAUACUGCCAACUAAGGACAGAAGCGGCGUACCGACACGCUCGAGCUGAGCGAUUCCUAGUUGAUUUCCUUUCAUACAGGAGCUGGCGAAGGAAGAGAAUCCGACGUCACGCUUCGUUUCGGAUUCAGCGCAAAUGGCGCAGGCAUCGCGUGGAGAAGAAGACACGACUCAGUCUCGCCGUGGUGGGGAGGUUCUUGCUCCCUCUAAUCCAGAAGCGCAGAGUUCGGGCACAGCAAAAUGCAGUGAGAAUACAACGCUGGUAUCGGCAUCAACGCGCUCGACGGCGUGACAAGUCGGCUCGGACGAUCCAGCGCGCGUGGCGAAUAUCCGUCUCCAAGGCGAAGAUCAGGUACUACUCGAGGGCAUAUCGCCACCUCGCCAACUUAAAGCGUCUCGAGCACUCAGCUCGAGUGCUGCAGCGAGCUCUGGGAACUCGGGUCUUACAGCGUCGAAUGCUGUACUUCCCUGAAUUCGACGAGCAUCCGAGUCUCAUGGCUGCGUCCUGGCCGCCUCUGCGCCCUGCAGAAGAGCGCGCGCAGGAGUUCUGGAAGCUCGAGAAGCGAGCGCUGGAGGAGGCGACAGCAGAGCGCAAGCAGCUUGAGAAAGACGAGGUAGCACUGCAGUCCGAUAUUGAGAACCUUCAGCGCCGUCUAGCGGACGCCAAGCUGAGACGAGGCGAAGAGAGCGAUCGCCUGCGUCGCCACUCCUCGCUGGAGGAGCAUCGGCGACUCAAAGACGAGGAAAACAGGCACAAGCGCCUGCAGGAGCUGGAGGAAACUAUGCGAAGGUCCAUCCGGCUGGAGCUCGAGCGGGAGCUGGACACGGCGAGGAGGCUCACGCUGCGCACCAAGAGACAUCACUUCAAUGUAGCCAUCUCAGACGAUCAACGGGUCGAGCUCACUUAA